UCUAUUUACAAUAUAAAAUUAAAGUUUAGCAAAAUUCAGAUAUUCAAAACAUGUUUUUCAUUUUUCCAGUUUCAAGUAAGAAACGCCGAGAUAUGACUAAGAGGUUACGAAAACUUGAGAAAGUGGUGUUGUACAAGAGCAAUAGUUGGAGCGUUGGUGAUGAGCUGAAAAAUAAGAAGAAUAACAACAUCAAUACUAACAAAAUUUUGAUAUCGAUCAACAUUGUUGGUAGUUCGGGACCAUUAACACUAGUGGUUAAUGAAGACGAUGUUGUUUGUGAUGUUAUUGACAAAGCUCUCAAAUCUUAUGCACGUCAAGGUAGAUUACCUGCAUUGAAAUUCAAUGCACCUGAUUAUGUUUUACAGUGCUCAAAUGAUAUCUCUGAUGCUCUAGGUCCAUCUGAACCCAUAGGAAGUUUUGGGACAAGAAAGUUUGUGCUAUCUGAGAAUCAAGCAUCAUCUACAAAGACAGAAGAAGUUGGAUCAAAGGGAAGAAAUGGUAUAUGGAAAUCAUUUAGUUUCAAAAAAAUUCGUUUCGCACUUCAUUGUGUACCUAUCGAUGGUGGUGAUAGAGAUUAAUUUUCUUCAUAUAUGCAUUUUACAAAUGUUAUGGCAUAUACUUUAAUAUAGAUGUUUGGAAUAAUGAAAAAUAUGAAUAAGAAAUAAGUGAUGAAGCAAUGUAGAGAUUGUUGUUAAAUACUUUAUUUUGGGUAUUGUUAGCUGACCAAUUUUGAUAAAAGAAGAAAAUCAGUUCGACUAAGAAACUCGUCAGAGCAGCAUCGACAGGAAGGUGAACACAUCCAUGGGUCGAUAUUUGUAGGCUUUAGUCGAAGUCGAAAUAUUUGAAUGGUGAAGACGGUCAUGGACAAUCAAAGAAUGUGGGUAGUUAUCUACAAACAUGGGGGAAGUGGACCAACACGUGUCAUCACAAGAUAGUUUCGUAACCCCCCGACAGUUACUUUUAAUUAGUAUUUAAAUAAGUGUUAGGGAAGAUUCUAAGGGUGAUAUUUUUAGCAUUUGAAGUAGGAGUAAAACUUCAAGUACCAAAGCGUUUAUGAGAAAAGAGUCAUCUCCCUACAAAUAAUGUACU